AUGUCCAAGCACUUUUUGCCAAAGGACGCGUCCAAGAUCGUGCCAUACUGCCUGAAGGGAGCGGUGUACGAGAAUGAGACUCUGACGUUGCUUGAAAAGGAGAAGGUGAUCUUCAACAACCGGUAUGACCCGCAAAAAGUCACUCUUAUUUCGGGAGGAGGCUCUGGGCAUGAACCGGGCUGGUUUGGGUUUGUUGGUGCUGGUAUGCUGACUGCUUCCGCCCAGGGCGAUGUGUUUGCCAGUCCUAACUACAGGAACGUCAUGAGCGCUGAAAAAGCAACCCAUUCAGAGGCUGGCUGCAUUUUUUUGAUUACCAACUACACAGGUGACAACUUGUACUUUGGAAUGGCGGCUCAGGAGCUUGUGGCCCGUCACGGAGAGGGCAAGGUGAGAAUCCUGCGUACCACCGAUGAUGUUGCUGUUGGACGCAGCGCUGGAUCCCUGGUGGGACGUCGUACGCUGCCAGGAAUUUGUCUCCUGAUCAAGGUGCUUGGUGCUGCAAGUGAACUGGGCUACGAUAUCGACCAGGUGUAUGCGCUGGGAGAAUCGGUGAACUCUGCUAUUGCCUCUGUGAACGCCGGACUGGACCAUGUGCACAUCCCAACCCACCCUCGUGACUCGGAUUACGGCAAGCUCGGUGAAGAUCAGCUUGAGAUUGGUCUCGGAAUCCACAACGAGCCGGGAGUGCAAAAGCUAGACCACAUUCCCACCAAUGAGGCGCUUGUAGCCUCUCUUCUGGCCCUGAUCCUGGACCCUACCGACCCCGACCGCGGUUUUUUUAAGCAUUCACCCGGAGAUAAAGUUGCGGUUCAAAUCAACAAUCUUGGAGGAGUGUCCAACCUGGAAAUCAAGGCAUUGGUGUAUGCCAUUGCUGAAACGUUGAGGGAGAAGUACGGCAUCGAGCCAGCCAGAGUCUACGUCGGCAACUUUAUCACCUCAAUCAACGCCCAAAUUUUUACAGUGACUCUUUUCAAUGUUACUGAGGCUGCAACAAACGAGUUCCCCGAGGAAAAAUUAUUUGAGCUUCUGGAUGCGCCUACAGAGGCCACCAACUGGCCCAAGAACUUUUUCACCAGCACGGAUGCAAUCGAUGUUAAAUCGAGGAUUAUCACCGAUUUCCAGGGCUACGAUGACGAGGAUAUUUCUGCCACCUUUUCAAAAGAUAUCAAAAUGGAUCCUGGUCAUUUGGAGGAGAUAGUUCGCACUGCUGCUCUGAACGUGAUCAGAAGAGAACCCGAGAUCACGGACUGGGACACCAAGAUGGGCGAUGGAGAUUGCGGCGAGACUCUGAAAACCGGAGCCGAGUGCAUUCUUCGCGCUUUGAACGAAGAUAAAGUGGCCAAAGAAGGGUCUGUUUUGAGAGUGCUAGCUGCCAUUUUGAAGAUCGUGAAGGACGACAUGGGAGGGACUCUUGGUGCGCUUCUGUUCAUCUUUCUGAGAUCUUUCAUCAGCAGACUGGAGCAGGAAUUGCAAGAAGGAGCAUCCGACAAUGUUUCAAGUUUCGCAAAAGCACUCGACUAUGGGCUUAACACUCUAUUCCAGUACACCAAAGCUCGUGAGGGUCAUCGCACUGUUAUGGAUGUUCUAAUUCCAUUCUGCCGUGUCUUUUCGCAGACCCAGGACAUCACCAAGGCUGUAGAGGCUGCCGAAAAUGCAGCCGAAGGAACCAGAAGAUUGCGUCCAAAGCUUGGAAGGGCCACCUACGUCGGUUUGAGUAAAGACCAAAAAGAUUUUCCUCCUGAUCCCGGUGCCUAUGGGGUUUACGAGAUUCUGUCUAGUUUGUCAUCAUAG